ACAUAAACAAGUACAAACUAAUCAUGGAAUCCCGCCUUCAAUUGAAUGCCAUAAUUUGUCUGCUGGUCACAACCUCAACGUGGCAUGUUUAUGGUGAUGAACAGCAACAGCAGCAACAACAACAUCAACAAUUACUCAUUGGCCUGCAUUCGGACGAACUGAAAUCUGGAGAAUUAAUAAUACCGCGUAAAGUCAACAGAAAUGGUGAAUUUGUAUCGCACAACCUGCAACAUCAUCAUGGCCAGCAUUACAAACAUAAUCGUAAACGUCGCAGUAUCGACGAUACACAAUUGGAGCCAGAAGUUCACUAUCAUUUGGAUAUAGAAAAUGAAACGCUGCAUUUGGAAUUGGAGCCACAUAGUUAUUUUAUGACACCGCACCUGAUUGUGGAAAGACAUCGUCGGGAUUUGCGUACCCGUAAACGUUUGCAAAAAAAUACCAAUUGUCAUUAUAAUGGACGGAUUAAGGAUCAACCAGAUUCGAGGGUAGCUUUGUCAGCUUGUAAUGGUUUGGUUGGUCACAUAAAAACCAAAAAUAAUGAAUAUUACAUUGAGCCAUCAAAACUUCAUGCCGCAGCCCACAACGUUAACGGACAUCCGCAUGUUGUAUUUCAAAGAUCAUCUGUUAAGGAAAAGUUAAGAGACAAACCAUAUAAACAUCUAGACAAAUUACUGCAACAGCAACAACAACCCACAAUGAAAUUGAAUUUGCCCGAAAAAAGUUGUCAAUGCUGA